ACUUAAAAAGAAGGCAAUUCAGGUACAUACUACAGCAUGGAUGAACCCUGAAAAUAUAUGAAAUUAAAUACAUUCACAAAUGGACAUUUCAUGAGCACCAAUUACAUGGGGUACACAGUCAAAUUCAGACUGCAAAUGGUGGGAGCUCAGGGUUUGGAGACGAGGAGUCAGUGCUUAAUGGAUAGUUUCUAGUGUGAUGAAAUAGUUUUGGAUAUGGUGGCAAUAGUUGCACAGCCUCGAGAAUACAUUUAUUAAUAUUACUACUGAACUGUAUGCUUUACAAUGGUUACUAUGUUAACUUUUGUCGUGGACAUUUGAGGUGAUGCCCUAAAAUAAAACCCAAAAGGUGGCCGGGCGUGGCGCACACCUUUAAUCCCAGCAUUUGGGAGGCAGAGGCAGGUGGAUUUCUGAGUUCGAGGGCAGCCUGGUCUAAAAAGUGAGUUCCAGGACAACCAAGGCUACACAGAGAAACCCUGUCUCGAAAAACCAAAAAAAAAAAAAAAAAACAAGAAAACCCCCAAAAGGCAGUUUGGAAAAAGGCCGACAGUUGGGUAGUCUUUUGCACAAGCCUGCUGUUCACUAUUAACUGGCUAAAGCUGCUUGGGCCUGAGGGUGAUUGGAAUUCACAGAAACAACCCUUCCCUUAAGGGAGGAAGUUUAAAUUAUCAGGUCAAUUAGAAAAGAUACAACUGAAAAAAAAAAAAAAAAAGCUAAGUUUCAUUCACACUUCAAGGAGGUGUUUCCUGGCUGGGUGCCACUUUUAUUGCUUUUGGCCCGAGCUACUGAAAGGCCCACAGACCCUUGGAAGGUACAAUGUGAUCUUUGAUUCCCCUUUCAAGGAUCAAAGCCAGUGCGUUUGGGUGUAAAUGCAGAUAACAUUUCAGAGAUCUUUCAUGAAAGGAGUCAUCAGAGCAGGGAAAACAGGGAGGUGGUGUGUCAUGUGUGUGCUUGCUUUCAGAUGGGAUGCAGCAAAGCCUUCUGUUCGUGGUCCAAGACCCAUCUAAACACAUGUCCUGGUUGUGGGAUGGAUGACACUACAAGAACACAGAGGAGCUACAGGGACAAGCCAUGCAUAUGCAUGUGAGGGGCACACAGGCUCAUUUCCUGGCCUCUCUAAAGUGACAGUGCUGCGUAGCGCGCUAGCUUGCUUGCCUGUAGCUGCUAGGCAUUGAAGAGGAGGGACAAAACACACACAAAAAGACAGACACUUGCCACUCAGAGAGAAAUACUCCCCAGGCCCGAAGGCUCAGCAGCCACUCAGUACCGGAGGCCUGAUGACGCCCUUAGCCUUUAGACCCAAGCCGGCUCUGGGUAGUCCUCCAGGACUCACAACGCAUGAGAACCGCCCCCUGCCUGCUCCAGUGGGACCCAGGACCACCCAGCACCUGCGCACCGGGCCUCUCCACUUAGUACGGUGCGCGCGCUCCCAUCAGCCUCCGCGCUGGCGCGCUGGCGCGGUGUGACCCUCUGCGAGAUGGAGGCCUCGCUGUUUACGGCGCAGGCGCGGUGGGCCGAACGUGCGCGCGCAGCCCCGCGGGAAGGCUAACUUGGGGCGUGCGGAGCGCCAGAGCCGGUGGCGGUGGGAUCCUGCCCUCGGAAGAAGCCCCUCUGCCUGGUGUUCUCCAGCGGAGCCUCUGAUCCUGGCGGCCCCUCCUGGCGCAGUCCUAGGGCCUGGUGGCCUCCUGGGAGCCUGACUCUGGCUGUUGCGUGCCUUCUUCCACUGUGGUGUGGCUCAUAGCCCGUACCGUCAUUUCUCCUAACAAAGAAGAAAAGGACUGCAUUUACCCACAUGGCAGCCCUGUUCCCACCACCGCCUGGUCCCAGAUUUGUCCUCCGAGGCACACAGUCGGCUGUGAACACGCUCCAUUUCUGCCCACCAUCCCAAGCUGCAGGGAACCCACUUCUCUUCUCAGGGUCUCAGAAUGGCCUAGUACAUAUCUGGAGCCUACAAACAAGAAGAAUAGUUACCACUCUAAAUGGCCAUGGGGGCCAGGGUGUAAUCUGGCUGAAGACACUGCCACAGGGACACCAGCUCCUCAGGGUCGAGACCUGCGGCUGUGCCUGUGGGACCUGGAGGAGGGCAGGAACACCAUCAUGGACUCAGUUCAGCUGGACAGUGUGGGCUUCUGCAGGGGCUCCAUCCUGGUCAGGGGACAGCAGUGCUGGAUGCUUGCUGUGCCAGGGAAGGGCAGCGACGAGAAUCAGCCAUCACCCUGUUGGCAGAGUACGGGCACAAGGCGUGGGCAGUGAUGAGCAGCCAAAGGGCCGGGACUAUGCUCUGAUCCAAACACUAAGGGUUCAGAUUCUGGAGAUGCCAUCCAAGACGUCAGUGUGCACCCUGAAGCCGGAGGCCGAUGCCAGGCCAGGCAUGCCCAUGUGCCUGGGGCUGUGGCAGACUAACUCCAGUCUCCGCCCCCUCCUUCUGGCUGGCUAUGAGGAUGGAUCAGUAACCCUGUGGGACAUCUCAGAGCGGAAGGUGUGCAGCCAAAUCACCUGCCAUGAAGAGCCUGUCAUGGGCCUCGACUUCGACUCUCAGAAGGCCAAGGGCAUCUCUGGCUCUGCUGGGAAGGUACUGGCUGUCUGGAGUCUGGACGAUCAGCAGUCCCUGCAGGUGAAGAAGACUCAUGAACUCACCAAUCCUGGAAUUGCCGAAGUCACCAUCCGGCCAGACCACAAGAUCUUAGCCACAGCAGGCUGGGACCAUCGCAUCCGUGUGUUUCACUGGAGGACAAUGAAACCGUUAGCUGUUCUGGCUUUCCACAGCGCUCCUGUGUACUGCGUGGCCUUUGCUGCUGAUGGCUUGCUUGCUGCGGGGUCCAAGGACCAGCGUAUCAGCAUCUGGUCACUCUACCCCUGCCCAUGACUUAGCUGUGGGACACUGCUAUUUUACUCCAGUCUUGACCCAGCCCUGUGGAAGAUCUUCAAGUCCCUCUGAGGACAGCAAAUUGUGGCCAAAGAUCCCUGGGGUCCACUUUCUUCGUGAGGUUCUCUGUUCCUUUUGUGACUGUCAUUCAGAUGAUAGACACCUGGCACCUAUAGCUUGGUAACAGGCAUGUUUUAGACCUGGUUGGGUGGCCAGACUAAAGAUAUUUGACAAUAAAUUUCCCAUUGCCAACCUGAAGCCUCAAGGUGGGAACUUCCCCCAAAGAUCUCCCUGUGUUCUGCACUUAGAGUAGAGCAUUCAGCUUGCCCAGCAGGCCUGUCAUCAGCCUUACUCGGAAGCAGUGGUUCUGGGUGCAGGUACUCAGCACUUGGCCUUGGGAGGCUGCCAAUCCCACAGUGAUUAUCUGCCAUACCCUCUGGCACAUUGUCCCAGACAUGUUCUGGGACUCCUGACAUCCACGACUCAGGUCAGCAUGAGGAAUGGAUGAAACUGGGCUCCUUAAAGAGGGAGGCAAGUAAGAGUUAAUAAUGGGGUGACCAAGGUGGUCAGGGAAGGAGAGAUGUGUACAAUGCAGUAUAAGGCCAGAUAGAAGACCAGGAAAGGAGGCUCUAGCCUCUGACAGGAUAAGGUAAAGGGAUAGCUUGUCUUUCAGUGAACCUGCAGGAGGCAAGGGAAAGCACUCUCGACAGGCCACAAACUGGACCUUCUGUAGUGCCCAGGCUGCAAGCACAGCCAUGUGGUAUAUGGAGUAACAAGGCCUUGAGAGUCAGGAGUGAGCGCCUGAUGCCUCUUUCCAUGUGGCCGACAGGGAAGCAGCCUCCGAGGUAGUGCUGACUGGGGUGGAGGACUGUAAAGGUGAGGAUGCAGGUGAGGAGUGUGGACCUCGGACCUUUCUCCUUCCAUCACUGCCAGAAAGAAUCCUGUGCCCCGAAGAGCUGGGGCGCCCCCAAGUGCUGCCCUGCCAGGCACUGCUAACUUAGAAUCCCUACUGCCCUUUGGGCCUCUGGUCUAUAACUAAACACUACACAUAGCCUGCUGAAGCUGAAUGUGUCUAUGUUGAAAGUGUCACAGUUCAGCCUGGUGUCCCCAAGCUGGGGAGCACACGUAGGAGGCCAGGAAAGGAGUGUGUGGUCCAGGUGAAAUACAUAUAUCAAGAACUAUGGCUUGCCGCCACAGCGCCAGGGCCAGAGAGAGCUGGUUGGAUUGGUGGUAAGCUAGUUAGACACAGUUGAAAAGAUGGGAACUGUGUCUGACUAACGUACAUGGGGAGCUGAGAAGCCAGGUGGAGGAAGGGAUCCAGCGGUUGGAAGAUCAGAAUGUGGCCUGUUAGGGCUGGGUUGGGAGGAUGUGCCUUUUGCCCCAUACUGAGGGAGGCAGUUGCCGGGGGAACAUCCUCAGAGGGCUUCAUGGUGGCUCCUCUCUGUACACCUGUGAAGGCUACGACUUGGUGGUAAGCACUUGCACACAGGAGGCCCUGGCUCCAACUAAGGUCCUGGGAUAGUACAACUGCAGCUUCCAGUUUGGAAUCUCUAACUGGAGUGGGGAUCACUAGCUGCCCCAGUGGGAGUGCUCCCCGUAAUGGGCUAUGGAUCGGGAGCAGCCCUCAGCAGAACCUGACCGCGAGAGCUGGCUUUCCUGGAGUCCCUAGAAAUGGCAUGGAUCAACUUGGUCCACAUAGGCAGAAGCAGUAGCGAGCAGGCCAACCCACAUCACAGGCACAGGCCUCUUCACUCCCUUUGAAGGAAGUACCAUCCAGACACUGCUCAUUUUUCUCUCAGAAUCCCCCAGGGGCCCUGCCACCACCAAGUGCUCUAUUUUAUUACCCUGGGCCGGGGGCAUGGGUAGGUUGAUUGAAGGGAAAUUGGUGAGCCCAUCUAUGAGUGGGAAAGAUAACCCAGUUCAUCUGUGGCCAAACCGUGCUGUGAUACCCGGCAGCACGGAGCAAUGCUGUUCCGUGGAGUGCUCCAGUUGUCUUUUACCAACACUUUUGGAGAUGACCUCAAGCCUGUGUAGAUCAAUGUGGCUGCCUCAGGAAGCCCAGGACUGGAAGUGUCAUCUCAUACAAGCUCUGUCCAACCUUCCCCACACACCGGGAGGCCCCGUCUGUACAUGAGCUGUUUCCUCCACAGUGGAACAUUCUCUCCUCCUUCCAAGGAAGGAGGCUUACAGGACUCAGUUCUGAGAUCCUCAGGCUCCCUGCCCAGAGUUACAAAAGGCAGUAACAAUUGCUGGGGAAGAGGACGCUCUCCAGUGGACUGUCUGCAAGCUAAGCCAGGAGCUCCAGGGACGCAGCUUCUUUGAGAGAUCCCCAGGACUGACCUGGGGGAUCUCAGAUGCCCUAAAAGUUACCCCAAUAAAGUCAUUGGUUCACUA